UUUAGACUGAAUGUGUCCGUCAAAUUAUGCAACACGGGAGACGGUUUCUAAAAAAUGGUGAAGUUUCUAUACGUCCUACUUCUGAUGCUAUUCGUGAUGGAAGGCAUGUGCAGACGCGUCCCACGCCAAGAAUACACCACGGUAACUGAUGAAAUGAGGGCUGCAUGCUUUAACAGUUGGUGCCCUCGCUUCUUGAAGAGGAAAAACGCGGCCCGAUACACAAAAUGCAUGCAGGUUUAUUGUCCAAGAAGAUUUUUUCUUUGCAAAAAUGGUAAAUCCUGGUGGUCAUGUCGAUUUCUCAGGCGCAUCGCAGGCAUACGACGCCGUCGUAACUGAGGACGAUCGCGCAGCCCCGGGUCUUCUCGUUCGUGAUAUUGACGAUGAAUCUUAUUUUCUGCAAAGAACAAUGUGAAGUAGCGGACCUGGCAAUAUGCAAAAUGUGCUAUCGUGGACGAUGGAAUCGUGUAGCUAUACAGUAGAACGCUGGUACCCUGUUUUUUUUCAUUAUUCAAAAUUUUUCCGAAUUUUGAACUAGAAGUCUUCAGUGUGAACUGGGACUCUGUGUCGCCGACACGGUGCCACAUUUCGGAAAGGUUCCUCAUUUCAUUAUUCCUCAAGGACAGAAUGGUUUCAUUCGCUUAACAUGUUUAUGCAGCAUAUCUCGUCUUAUUCAGUGAACGCUGAUACUGUGGGAGAUUAUCAGACAAAGAAAAUAUUUGUGGGUACACAUGCAAAUGAAGCACGAAGAAUAACAGAGUUAUUCGGUAAUUGUAGAUAAACAACAAAAGGAAUUUAUGUUAUUGGUUAUGACGUUCUGAGGACGUCAAGACAUGUUGUCCGGGGUGUGGCAAAAGGUAUAUCAAGGAAAGACAAUCAUUUGAAGUGAUAUUUUGUAAUGAAUUUACUAGGCAUGCACAUACUUUGGUGUGAUAUUAGUUUUGUUGUAACCAUAGAUUUGACAAUGUUAUGUUGCUAACUGAUGACUGAUUGUGCCAGGUGGUGCAACAUUAAUGCUUUGGUUUAGUGAUUGAAAGCGUGAUAGUCGCCAUUUCGUGUCCUCACACCCGGAACCUGGGUCAUAUCUCGGACCUAUCCUUGAGGCGGUUGUGUGAUACAACUAUCGUAAAACAUUAAGAAUGGGAUGUUCUUGCAGGAAAAGGCGACCGCGGAUUAAGAAUGAAGAGCUGCGUAUUUUUCUCGCAGAGUUCUUAGGAACAUUUGUACUGUUGACUCUUGGUAACUGUACGGUGGCGCAGACUGUCCUCUUCCCGCGAAGUGCAGCUGGGUUCCUCUCAAUCAACUGGGGGUACGGUCUGGCCGUGGGUUUCGCAGUUUAUAUCUCAUUCAAAGCAUCGGGUGGUCACGUGAAUCCGGCCAUUACUCUGGGGUUCGCAGUUCUCGGCUUGGUGAAAUGGAGACGAGUCCCUCUCUACUUCUUGGCUCAGAUUCUGGGAGCUUUUGCAUCAUCACCAGUGGUGUACGGAUUCUUUUAUGAUGCUCUCAAUGAUUACGACGGAGGCAACAGGACUGUCACAGGACCAACAUCAACAGCUCUCAUAUUUUCUCUCUACCCGCCAGAUUUUGUAUCAACAUGGUCAGCUCUUGGACAGUCAGUGACUGCUACCAUCAUUUUCCUGGUUUGUAUAACCGCUCUGGUCGACAAGAGGAACGCAAACCCCGACCCCGGUAUCCUUCCAUUCCUCGUGGCUAUGGUCGUAUUCGCCUGUGACCUGGCAUUUGGGGCGACAUGUAUGAACCCAGCCAGGGAUCUAGGGCCCAGAAUAUUCACAGCAAUGGCUGGGUGGGGUAUGGAGGUGUUCAGCUUCCGUAACUACAACUGGUUCUGGGUACCAAUUGUUGGGCCCCUUGUGGGGUGUGUCCUGGGUGCAGUGAUGUACAUGUUACUGGUGGAGUUGCAUUGGCCGAAUGAAUACAACAUGUCGACAGAUGCUGCGACGGGCGUGGACAACGAGGCGUAUAUAACUGGCAUAGAUGGAGCAACCGAGAAUGGAGGUUCGACCAGCACGAUGAAAAUAAUCAACAUGGUCAAUAAGGAGGGCCUGUCAUCUACCUCCUUAUACUCGUGAUGCGGAGGAACCAUCAACCGAAUCGAAGCAAAAACGCGUCCG